AUGAGCCUCUUGGGAUGGCUCAGAUCAACCAGGCCGGCCCGCCGCCAGGCCUCCGACGAGCCUCUCGACGGCUCACAGACUGACUUUACUCUCAGAGCCGUGCUGCUCGGGCUCCUUAUCGGAUGCCUCCUGUGCUUCACAAACCUCUACUUCGGCCUCCAGACCGGCUGGAUCAGCAUGAUGUCGCUCCAGUCCGCGCUCAUCGGCUUCCUCAUGUCCAAGCUGCUCCGGCGACCGAUGACGCCCCAGGAAAACGUCGUGCUCCAGACGACCGCGGUCGCCACCGGCACUAUGCCGCUCGCUGCCGGCUUCGUGGGCAUCCUGCCCGCGCUCGGGCUGCUGGAUGAAGAGAGGGACGGCGUGCCGCCCGUGCACCUCUCCUGGAUCGCGGCUGUGGGCUGGUCGUGCGCCGUGGCAUUCUUUGGGGUCUUCCUCUCCCCCCCUCUCCGAAAACAAGUCAUCAUUGAGGAGCAGCUCGCGUUCCCCUCCGGAACCGCGACUGGUCAGUUGAUCUCGGUGCUGCACCAAAUCCCUCCCCCAAACGUUGCCGGUCAAGGCGUCCGGCGGCGAGCAGGCUACCGCGCGAUACCCGAUGGAGACGAGGCACCAGACGCCGCAGACGAGGCUCCGGAAUCGACGAUGCUACAGAGCCCCGUAUCGCCAGAGUUCGACACUUUCGCAGACUCUGGGGUGGAGAAGGAAGGCUGGGGCGCACUGGGCUGGAGCUUCGCAGCCUCUGGCGUGAUGACGCUCGCGGCGUAUUUCUUCCCGGUCAUCUUCGCAAUCCCCUUGUUCGGCCAGACGCUGGCCUCGGAGUGGCUCUGGACGUUCACCCCCUCGCUGUCGUACAUCGGCCAGGGCAUCAUCAUGGGCCUGCCCACCACCCUCUCGAUGAAUCUCGGCAUGCUCGUCGGCUGGGGCAUUCUGUCCCCGCUCUCGAAGCACAUGGGCUGGGCGCCCGGCCCCGUGGGCGACAUGACCACCGGCGCCCGCGGCUGGAUCCUCUGGGUCUCGCUCGCGAUCAUGUGCGCCGACUCGCUCGUCUCGCUCGUGCCCGUCGUCGCCGAGGUCGUCUCCACCAAGCUCUGGCCGGCCGUGUUCGGUCCUUCCGCCGGCGGCGCGCCGAAGGAGAGCAACGAGACUGAGACGGAGGACCGGCUCGUGCCCAUGAGCUGGGUCCUCUGGGGCCUCGGGGGCAGCGUCGUUCUCGGGACGUUCCUCGUCUGGCUCGUGUUCGGGGACGAGGGCAUCAAGCCAUGGGCGACGGUCAUCGGGUUCGUCCUCGGGGCGCUCCUCAGCGUCCUCGGCGUCCGCGCGCUGGGGGAGACGGACUUGAACCCGGUGAGCGGGCUCGGGAAGAUCAGCCAGCUGCUCUUCGCGUGGCUGCAGCCGGGAAACGUCGUCGCGAACAUCAUCGCGGGCGCAGUCGCCGAGGCCGGCGCGCAGCAGGCGGGCGACCUGAUGCAGGACCUGAAGACCGGGCACCUCGUCCGCGCGUCGCCCCGCGCGCAGUUCUACGGGCAGCUCAUCGGCUCCUGCCUCUCGAUCCUCGUCACCACAACCGCCUACUCCCUCUACCAGCGCGCGUACGAGAUCCCAGGCCCGUCGUUCCCCGCGCCUACCGCCUACGUGUGGCUCGGUCUGGCCCGCCUCCUCCGCGACGGCGCACUCCCGCCGCACGCGGCGCCUGCGAUGGCGCUCUCCGCGCUCCUCUUCGGCGCGCUCGCGGGCCUCAAGGCGCGUGCCGCGCGCGCUGGGCGGCCGCACGCGGCGUGGCUGCCGUCGGGCGUGGCGUUCGCGAUCGGCUUCCUGAACACGCCCGCGUUCUCGCUCGCGCGGCUCGUCGGGGGCGUCGUCGAGCACUGGUACUACACGCGCCGCGGCGGGCGCGAGCGCGCGGGGAUCCGGCUCGUCGUCGUCGCGAGCGGGUUCGUGCUGGGGGAGGGCGUGGUGAGCAUCGUCGCGCUCGGGUUGAGGACGGCGGGCGUGGGCGUCGCGGGGUGUUGGGGGUGCGGGCAUGGCCUGUGCGGGGGGUGUCCGGCGUAG